UUCCUAGAAAGAUAGAAAGGCUGCAUGGCAAAACCCACUUCCGGUUUGCUUCCUUUUUCCCGCCCCGGAAGUCCUCCCACCCAAGGUGUUUGUAGUGCCCAUGGAGCUGAUUCAUCUGCAGAAUAAGGAAGAAGCUGAUUUUUUUAAAGUUGACUCUGUUCAGAGAGUAAAUUAGUUGGAGACUGAAGUGCUGUCAAUCGCUACAAUAUGUAUUUCUGAAGCAACAUCCCCCCUUUCCAACUAAAUCCCCGAAAGGAAUUUGGCAGCCCUGUAAGGAGAUGAACGAACCAGAUCUAGCUGAGCCUGAAACAGAAAGAGGAUAUUCUGAUGUCUCUUGGGCAGAGAGACCUGGAUCCUUCUGGAAGAGAAGAGCGUGGGAAAACCUGGCGGAAGAGGACACCGGUAGCUCCAAAGCCCAGCUUCGGUGCUUUAGAGGAUUCUCCUACCAGGAUGCCAAAGGACCCCGAGAAGUGUGCAGCCGGCUUCAUGCUCUUUGUCGGCAAUGGCUGAAGCCAGAAAGACACACCAAAGCUGAGAUAUUGGACCUGGUGGUGCUGGAGCAGUUCCUGGCCAUCCUUCCUGUGGAGAUGGAGCGCUGGGUGUGGGAGUGCGGGGCAGAGAGCAGCUCCCAGGCCGUGGCCCUGGCAGAAGGAUUCCUCCUCAGCCACACAGAGGAGCAGAAGCACAGAGAGGUUGAGAUGGAAUUAGACAAAAGAACUACUGCAUAUGCUGAACCAGAAGAGUCUCCACUUGACAUCCAGCAGAGCACAGAGAUGCAGUGGAUCAUGCAGGAGAGUGACAAAGGUGAUGAAAUGAACCUCUGGCCUUGUUCAAGGGCUUCUCCUGACGCAAUAGAGAGGAUUGUAAUCCAGCCAGAUCAGGGCCUGGUGUCCUUUGAAGAGGUGGCUGUGCGUUUCUCAGAAGAGGAGUGGGCUCUGCUGGAUGCUGACCAGAGAGCUCUUCACAGGGACGUCAUUGAGGAGACUAGAGGGAUCGUGGCCUCUCUGGGUGCUAUGAGAAAGAACAAAUCAAAGGAUGAACAGGAGAGACCGCAAAGUACAUCAGAACAAACAGGGAUGCAGAAAUGCGGUUUUCCUGAAAGUGUUGGCUCCCACAAAAUAUCUCUGCUGGAAGAAUGUUGCACAGGAAGGGAAAACAAUAUAUUCCUUUGCUGGGCAGAAAACCUAACUGGGAUAUCGAGUGCUGGCGUACCUACAGGAGAGCACGAAACGAAGGAACUAUUUCAAGACUCAGAAUGUGGAGAGACCUUCAAAUGGAGGGUAGAUGCUGUCGUCCAUCAAAGAGCUGAUACGGAAGGCAAGUAUUUCCCGUGCCCUGGGUGUGGAAGGAGCUUCUGUCAAUGCCAAAGCCUUACUGAACACCAAAUAAACCAUGAAGGAGACAAACCAUAUGAAUGUUCGGACUGUGGAAAGAGCUUCAUACCAGACAAUAGAUUGACUACCUGUAAAACACCCAACAUGGGGGAGAAUUUGUAUAAAUGCUUAGAAUGUGAGAGAAGCUCCAGAGAGUGCAAUAUGCUUAUUGAACAGGAGCGAACGCAUGUCAGAGAGGAACCAUACCAAUAUAAUGAGUGUGAAAAAAGCUUCAGAGAGAGCGAUAUGCUUAUUGAACGGGAGCGAACGCAUGUCAGAGAGGAACCAUACCAAUAUAAUGAGUGUGAAAAAAGCUUCAGAGAGAGCGAUAUGCUUAUUGAACGGGAGCAAACACAUGUCAGAGAGGAACCAUACCAAUAUAAUGAGUGUGAAAAAAGCUUCAGAGAGAGCGAUAUGCUUAUUGAACGAGAGCGAAUGCAUAUCAGAGAGGAACCUUACCAAUAUAAUGAGUGUGAAAAAAGCUUCAGAGAGAGUUGUAAACUUGCUGUUGAUACAAGAACUCAGUCAGGAGAAGCACCAUAUAAAUUCAUGGGGAAAAGCUUCAUACAGGCAGAUGGCCUCGCUGUCCAUCCAAGAAUCAAUUCGGGAGAAAACCUGUACAAAUGCUUUGAGUGCGGAAGCGGGAACAUCCUUCCAAACCACCAAAGGACCCACACGGGAGAGAAACUGUACAAGUGUUUGCAGUGUGGGAAUAUCUUGACCGAAGCUGGAAUGGCUGGUAAUAUCCCCUCAUUGGCUACUCCUGGCAUGUCGAAAAAGCGCAGAUCGAUAAGUUUAGCCACCAAAAUGGAAAUCAUACAAAGAGUGGAGGCCGGUGAGAGGAAAAGCCGGGUGGCCCAGUCUCUGGGGCUGGCUCAGUCCACUCUGAAGACUAUCUUAAACCAGUCGGACAAGAUCAAGUCCUCAGUACAAAACUGCAGCGCCGUGACGGUGGGCAUCUUGACGCGCACCCGGCACAGUGUCAUCGAGAAGAUGGAGAGGCUGCUGAGCAUUUGGGUGGAGGAAAUGAGGCAGCACCGGGUGCCGGUCAGCCAGCUGGCCAUACAGCACAAAGCCUUAAGCCUCUUUCACCAGUUAAAGGCCCAAGGACAUGGAGGCGCAACAGAGACAUUUGUGGCUUCCCGCGGAUGGUUCCACAAGUUCAAGAAACGGGCCAGAAUUCACAGUGUUCGCUUCAUCAGUGAAGGUCCAAGUACCGACGUCCAGACAGCUAACUCAUCACCGGACUCAAACGUAUAACGGAGUGAUGGUGAUGCCUGCUGAAUUGGAUGCUCAGUGCUGAUGAAAAUGGCUGUUUCGGGAGCCAUUAAAUAACAUUUAUGGAUGUUAUUAAAAUGUUAUCGCUCUAGAGCAGGUAUGGGCAAACUUUGACCCUCCAGGUGUUUUGGACUCCAACUCCCACAAUUCCUAACAGCCGGUAGGCUGUUAGGAAUUGUGGGAGUUGGAGUCCAAAACACCUGGAGGGUCCAAGUUUGCUCAUGCCUGCUCUAGCACAAUAACAUUUUAAUAACAUUCAUAAGUGUGAAGGGGUGGCUAUUAUGAAAGAGGCCAGAAUGUGCUUGAUUAGUUUUACUUUCCUGAUGUGUGUGGUUUCAAUUCCCACUUGCAUACUGUUUGAAUAAAAGUUUGUUGAAGUGUGUGAAGAUGCUCUCCUUUUUAUUCUAGUUUAGGAACUCUUUUUAAAGAGGUGCUAUAUUGUUUUAACUUUUUUUACAAUUGCAUUUUAGCCUUUUAUUCAGAUUUUACACUGAAUAGUUUAAUACUAUUGUAGUGUUUCUUUUUGUAUGUUUUAAAUUGUGUCCUUUUUAAGUUGUGAGGUGCUUUGGGGUCCCCAUCUUGGGAAGAAGUGAGAUAUAAAUAAAUAGAAUAAUAACCCUG